AUGGCAGCAAUGGAAGAUACACGCAAGAAGGUGGGAGGCAAGUGCUGGGCUCAAGCAGAGAGGGUAUCCAAGGAAUGCAAGAGGAUCUUUGGAGCUGCGCUGUCAGACACUUGGUUGGAAGGAAUCGUCAUCAAGGUCGAUCAACGUUUGUCCAAUCCAAGUGCCAAGAGAGCUACUACCUACAUCACCGCAUUGUACAAGCUUGGAGAGAGGGAUGGCAUUGCCAUUGAGAAAGAGAAAGAGUUGACAAUGCAGAGUUUGAAGGCAGCAAAUCCGAAAGCACCAACUGAGAACAACAACAACAACAACAACAACGACGACCCAGUAAUCGGACUCUUCCUUCCAACCCACCACCCAAUGACAACAACGGAGAAGAAGAGCCCAGGCCUCCUGCCACGAGUACUGGUACUGGUACUGGUACUGGUACUGGCUCAGCCACUGGUGAAGUGA